CCCAUUUCUUCUGCCAGCAGAAAUGCGAGUGCCUCUUCUCCAACGGGACGCGGCGGGUGCGGUUCCUGGACAGGUACUUCUACAACCAGGAGGAGUACGUCCGCUUCGACAGCGACCUCGGGAAAUACGUGGCCGUCACGGAGUUGGGGAAGGGGGUUGCCGACCGGUGGAACAGCGAUAAGGUCCUCAUGCAUUACUGGAGGAGCCGAGUGGAUUCCUUCUGCCGACACAACUACCAGAUGGCCAGGACGGAGCGUAUGAUUGGUCGGAGAACCAAGCCCACCGUCUCCAUCUCCCCCACCAAGCUGGACCCCGCUUCCCCCCACACCAUCCUCCUCUGCAUCGUGAGGGGCUUCUACCCCGUGGAGAUCGAGGUCCGGUGGCUGAAGAACGGGCGGCCAGAGGAGGAGGACGUGGCCUUCGGGGAGGAGCUCCAGAACGGAGACUGGACCUACCAGCUCCAGGUGAUGCUGGAGACCCAGCCCCAGCGGGGGGACAUCUACACCUGCCAGGUGGAGCACGCCAGCCUGGAGGCCCCCCUCACCGUCCAGUGGGAGCCCCGUUCCUCCAACUCUGCCAGGAGCAAACUCUGGAUGGGGAUCGUGGCAGCUGUGAUCGGGGUGAUCUUCUUUGCCAUGGGGCUCUCCCUCUACCUGAAGAGCAAGAAAGGUGAG